UGACUGUGUUUUGGCGUCCUUUCUCUGAAUGUUGCUUACAACUCAUUUGUCCCCAGACGAAGCUGAACUGUGAGGUUCUCGACUCCGACUCUUCUAUGGAGGUGCGCUGGGCCGUCGCCGGAGAGUCGAUCGUGAUGCAGCUGGUCAGCAACGUAGAGGACGGGCAGUACAUGGCGUUCGGCCUGAGCGGUCACCCGACGCGCAGUGUGAUGAUCGGAGGCGACGUCGUGGUCGCCUGGCUGGAUAGGACCACCGGACAGGGCUACGCGCACGACUACUACCUGCAGGCCAAGUCGCAGUGCGCCGGAGGACGCGGCUCCUGCCCCGACAGCAAAAUCAGCGGCGGCAAGAACGGAGUUCGUCUCCUCAACUCUGCGCUCAUCAACGGCUUCUCGAUGCUGACCUUCCAACGACCUUUGGCCGCCGGCGACGGCUUCGACCAGGCGAUCCUGACCAACUCCUCCCAGGCCAUCAUCUGGGCCAUCGGUCCCGUCAACCAGGCCGGCGAGACCAGCUACCAUCAGAAGCGCACGCGCGGCAACAUGCUCCUCGACUUCGGCCGUACGCCCCAGUGGAACUGCGCCGUCGCCAGCUCCAGCUCUGGUUCCAGCUCCGGCGGCUCCCGCCGGCGACCAGCCACCACGCCAGCUCCGGCGCCCGUCAAACCGUGGACCAUCCCGGCCAUCAAGUGUAACGAGCCUGCCGACCGUGUCUUCUACGCCCAGAUUGGACCGACCGGUGGCAAGCGUGGCUACCAGGCCAUCACUGGCCGCGUCGGCUGGGGCAUCGCCUGGUACAUCAACGGCCUCCUGGUGCCCGAGAUUAACGUCGUGCGCGGACAGACGUACACGUUUGUGGUGGAGGGCGGCCUGGACCCGGAGAGGUCGGCCAAGUACCAUCCGUUCUACAUCACCGACGAUUCUGAGGGAGGCUACGAGUUCAAGAGCGACACGGAAAAGAAGAGUGUUCGUGUGUUCGCCGGUGUCUCUCUGGACGCCCGGGGCAAGGCGCAGCCGACGGCCACCGGUCGUCUGUGCUCGUGGAAGGAGGACCCAGGCCACCCUGCCGACUCUCACGGCUCGUUCGGAGCCUACCAGCGUACCCUGCAGCUCGACUGUGAGGAGGGCCAGCCGGGUAUCCUGCAGUGGACGCCAGACGCCGACACUCCAGAUACCGUCUACUACCAGUGCUUCACUCAUCGCUACCUGGGAUGGAAGAUCAACGUGGUCGACUCCUGCGGAACCGGAGGGGGCCGGCGCCCGUCAGGAAAUUCUCGAGGACGUGUGGCGUCGAAUGCGGGUCGGGGCAGCCGAGCCAGGACCACCCGGGGAUAGGCGAAAACGACAUCUUCACAGAGACGCACGGUGAGCAGUGGUUGGAUGACUCUGGAAUCAUCGAGGAGUCAAUGUCAGCGCCCGAGUCAGCAGCAGAGUCACAGCAUUCGCCCCAGCACGCCCCAGAGUCGGAGUCUUUGCCUCAGCACGCCCCAGAGCCAGAGCCACUGUCCGAGUCAGCGCUUCAGUUAGAGCCCUCGCCUCAGCAUCCUUCAGAGUCGGAGCCCUUGUCUCCACAUGUCCCGGAGUCGCAGUUAUCGCCUCAGCACGCACUAGAAUCGGAUCAUUUUCCUCAGCACGUACAAGAGAUGGAUCAUUUGCCUCAUGACGUACCAGAGAUGAGUCAAUUGCCUCAGCACGUACUAGAGAUGGAUCAUUUGCCUCAUGACGUACCAGAGAUGACUCAUUUUCCUCAUGGCGUACCAGAGAAGGCUCAUUUGCCUCAUAACGUACCAGAGAUGGAUCACUUGUCUCAGCACGUACCAGAGAUGGCUCAUUUUCCUCUGCACGUACCAGAGAUGGAGCAUUUUUCUCAUGACUUACCAGAGAUGGAACAUUUUCCUCAUGACAGACUAAAAAUGGGUCAUUUUCCUCAUAACGUAUCAGGGAUGAAUCAUUCGGCUCAUGACGUACCACAGAUGGAGCAUUUUCCUCGGGACGUACCAGAGAUGGAUCAUUUGUCUCAGCACGUACCAGAGAUGGAUCAUUUGCCUCAACGCCUACCAGAGUUGGAUCAUUUUCCUCAUGACGUACCGGAGAUGGAUCAUUUUCCUCGCGACGUACCAGAGUUUGAGCCUUUGCUUCCACAUGAUCUGGAGCCAGGACAUUUCCCUCGAGGUCAGCCAGAACCUGACUCUUCCUCCGCCGGGCUAUCGUCCGAUUUGGAGUCAUUCCCCGAGCCCAUGCACGACAUGACAUUAUCGCCUGAUCAUCCUGAGCCCUCAUCCCAUCAAGCACCGGAGUCUGAACUUUUGCCUCAGUCACAGUCCGACUUGUCUUUCUUAGAGCUCAUGCGCAUGCUUGAAUCCUCACCUGAACUUGCACUUGACCCGGAGUUCAUGCGGGAGCUGGAACGCCAUACUGACUUAUCAGCGGAGUUGGUACCCAAGAUGAACUCCAUUCCCGAGGGAGGAUUUAGAGCGGCGUUCCAGCCAGAGCAUGCAUCCGAACUGAGGGAAAUGGCUUCUCUGAAUAGGUCUGAGCCAUGGUCAGAGCCAAUGUCAGAACUGGCGUCUAAUGCGGCCGCCGAGGAGGCGCACGAUUUGAUGUUUGAGCCGGCGUUUGAGCCUGAGAUUGAGCCGGCACCUGAGCCCACACUUCAGCCUACACCUGAGCCUUCACCUGAGCCUACACCUGAGCCUUCACCGGAGCCAUCAUCGGGCUCAUCUGAGCUAACAGCGGAGCCAAUGAUUGAGUUAGAGAUAACACACGUUCCAACUCAUGAACUAUCGCCAGAAACCAAAGCUAGGAGGGUGUCCAACCCAAACACUGAGCCGAUGCUUGAGCCAAUGACCAACAUGGCAGACGAUCCAACGAUGGAAACAACUCAUGAGCCAAUAUCUGAGCCAAAUCCUGAGCCAACUCCUGAGCUAACUACUAAAUCAACUACUGAAUCAACUCCUGAAUCAACUCCUGAACCAACGCCUGAGCCAGCAUCUGAGCCGACCCCUGAGCCAAUACCAGAGUUAAAUGCUGAAAAUGAGUCUAAUGAUCCUUCCACCAAUAAUCAGACUGAAUCAGCGAUGACACUCGAAUCUCAAUCUGCGACUCUGGUCAAAGCGGGCAAUAAUGGUGAAGUUCCUGGACUGAGGAUAGUCUAUCCGGUCUCUAAUGCCGUAGCUGAGGAUAGCUCGCUCGGAGAACUCGUAGCAUCUUAGCAGCGCCAAAUUACGCUCUGAAACUUUCUGAACUCGCUGCAUGAGGCGGGGCUCUGACUGGGGCAGCAGAUGACUGGGACUCGAUUGCUGCUCCUAUAUGAACUAAGUGCUGAUUGAUUUACUACUGUGUGAGCGCCGCGUGAAAUGUGCGCGGCGAUUUCGUGUGGUGUACCGAAGCGAUUGAGAUAGGCAUUCGAGAGUCUCGGGCUCGCGAGAGUGGCGCGUUUGUCAGUGGCGGACUCACGACGGAGGAAGUGUUAAUCGCGAGGCGUGCAGCGCGCUCCGUUUGCGACUCUGUGAGAUGGUGCUCUGCUGCACUUGUGGCUCGUUCGGCUGAAAGAGGUCCCAACUGAGACUGAUAAUCAUACGGACGUCCUGUGAUUUGGUAAAUUAUUGUAUUUAACGUGAGUUUGCAUGGAAAUUAUAUAAACGCUAAACGAAUGCGGCAAACUCACAAGAAAGGUAAUUGAAAUGGAUGAUUGAGUAAUUGUAGCUCCACGAGUGUUUUUAUAAACUGUAUGCAUACAUAUGCCGUGAAUGCCGUUUGUGUUAUUUUGAUACCGCUUGUCUGCGAUAGACGACUCGCUAAUACAGGAUAAACACAAAA